AUGCUCAUAUACUUAUCAAUCAUCAUAUUAGGACUGUUACAAAUCCAUAUUUCUAUCGCUUCUUUGACAUUUCAGCUCAAACCAAAUAAUGAAGGACAUUUGCUGAGAAGAGAUAAUAACAUAGACCUUGAAUUCUUAUCACAAUCAAGAUCAGCUCCUAUAAUAGAUCUUUAUUUUGGUAGUCAAGGUGAAAAGAUCCCAGUUAUGCUAGAUACUGGCUCAUAUACAAGCUUUGUUCAAUCCAAGCAGGUAUCAGAAAAACGAGGAUAUGACUAUACAAACUCAUCUAGCUAUGAAAAUAAUAAUAAAGAUUUCAGUGUUCAGUAUGCAGAUUCCACAAGUUAUAAAGGUAACUGGAGUAAAGAUGCUGUUUCAUUUGACAAGAAUGGUGAUAAAAUCAAUUUGAAUUUUGGAUUAGUUACAUAUGCUACUACAAAUGGUGUUAGCUCAGAUACAAAUGUUUUCGGAUUGGGAUAUAAUUAUGGUGAACCAACACUUUUUGAUCAAUUAAAAGAAAAAGGUUUGAUAUCGAGAAAGACAUUUUCCAUAUAUUCUAGUGCAAAUGAUCAUUCAUUGGGGGAAAUAUAUUUUGGAGCUAUUGAUUCUGCUAAAUACACUGGAGAUCUGGUAUCAGUUCCAAUUAAACCAUUUGGAAAUGGUCGUUUAUGGUGGUCAUAUCUUACAGAUCUUGAAGCUGGUUGUGAGUCUACAACUAAUGGAAACACUUACUUCAUGAACUUUGAUUGUGGCUAUACUACUGGGCUAACUGUUCCUGAAGAUGUUCACAAAAAGUUACUGAAUAAUUUGGGGGCUUUCUAUGAGGAACAAUCAAAGAAUUAUGUUUUCGAUUGUGAAAAUGCUAGUCCUAUUCAAGCUGAAGUUGCUGGUCAUAAAAUAGAGAUACCUUCCGCUGGCUUUACCAAGAAAAUAAGGAACACAGAUCAAUGUGUUUUGAAGCAUAUUAUACCAGGUCCUGAUAAAGAUACGAUCACCAUGGGUUGGAUAUUUUUCCCAUAUAUUUAUGGAGUAUUUGACGCACAUAAUGAUGAAAUUUUGUUUGGAAAGCCGAUUACAGAUACAAAAGAGUCAAAUAUUCAAGAGCUUGGUGAUUCAAUUCCAAACGUUCAAAAGGCAUCUAAAUACUCAUCAGUUUCCAACGCUGUUAUAACAAAUCAAAUAGCUUAUACAUCAAUACCUACUAGCUCUGUACAGCUAGAUAUAGAAUCAACAGGUGUUACUUCAGCAUCAACUUGCAGCACAGGUAAUCGCAAAAGAGACUUGUCUCUUGAGGAUAAAAUCAAAAAGGGUAUUUUUGUUCCUGACUCUAGUGCAAGCUCUGUAUUCAAAAGCUUUAGCAUGAUUCUUCUUUUCAGUUCUAUACUCGUCACUUGCAUUUAG